GCCAGAUUGAAAAGCGUCUGAGGCAGUGCGGAGCCGGGCGGCAGGGACAGCAGCAGUGAGGGUCCCCUUCCCUGGACCAUGUUCCGUGAGAUAGAGGAAGAUCCGUUCUUCGCGGAACCAUUCCGUUUUCACCAUGAGCACUUACGUGAGAUGAUGGGCAAUGUUCCAAAUGUUUUAGGACAAGACUUCAUAUCAAAUUCCCAACCGGGAUCCUCAAACCAACCAGUGACAAGGAAUGAGGCUUCUUCCUGGACAGAUCCUUUCAACAGGAUGAGCACCAUGAUGGAACAAAUCAGAAAAGAAAUGUUUGACAUGCAAAACAAAAGUGGAAUCCAACCUUCAGACCGCAUUGGACACUCUUUGAACAGCUCCAGUGUAAUGACUUAUACAAAAGUGGGCAAUGAACCUCCCAAAAUAUUCCAGGCUACCAAUCAUGUGCACAACGUUCCUGGUGGAAUCAAAGAGACAAGGCGGGCAGUAAAAGACUCUGAAAGUGGAAUUGAAAAAAUGUCAAUUGGUCAUCACAUUCAAGACCGUGCUCAUGUAAUUCAGAAAUCCAGAAACCAGAGGACAGGCCACGAAGAAAUUGAUCAGCAAUUUAUCAACCUAAAUGAAAAUGAUGCAGCAAAUUUUGACCAAGAAUGGCAGAAUAAGGUGUCAAGGUAUAUGCCUUCUGGAACUUGUCCCUCUGGUAUUCAGGAUGCACGAAAAGCCAUGGAGGGACAAAGUACAUGUGCCAGAGGACCAACUGCUCCACUUCCUGUUACUCCCUCUGGUGGUUGUGGCUGUCCUGCUCAACGAAACGGACAGCAUAUGAUGAAACAUGGAAGAAAAUGAACAUCUCAC